ACGGCCCAAACAAAACACAUGACUAUAAAAACGUAGCUAGGGUUUUAUCUCCCCAACCCUAAAAUACCAUCACCACCAAAACUCUGUUUGGGCUGCCGGCGAAGCAAGAUUCAAGAUGAAGACAAUCCUCUCAUCGGAAACCAUGGACAUCCCCGACGGCAUCACCAUCAAAAUCAAAGCCAAGGUGAUCGAGGUGGAGGGUCCACGUGGCAAACUGGUUCGCAAUUUCAAGCAUUUGAAUCUUGAUUUUCAGCUCAUCACUGAUGAGGCUACUGGUCAGAAGAAGCUCAAGGUUGAUGCGUGGUUUGGAUCUCGCAAAACAACGGCUGCGAUCAGAACCGCGUUGAGCCAUGUUAAUAAUCUGAUUGUUGGGGUUACUAAGGGGUAUAGGUACAAAAUGAGGUUCGUGUAUGCUCAUUUUCCUAUUAAUGCUAGUAUUGGUGGUGCUAGUAAUGCUAUUGAGAUUCGUAACUUUCUCGGCGAGAAAAAGGUGAGGAAAGUUCAGAUGCUUGACGGGGUCACUAUUACUAGGUCUGAAAAAGUGAAGGAUGAGAUUGUCCUUGAUGGUAAUGACAUUGAACUCGUAUCACGAUCUGCUGCCCUGAUAAACCAGAAAUGCCAUGUCAAGAAGAAGGAUAUCAGGAAGUUUCUGGACGGUAUCUAUGUCAGUGAGAAGGGAACCAUAGCAACAGAGACCGAGUAGUUAGGCUGUAGUUUCUCCAUCUUUGUUGUUUCUUCCUGGUUUUAAUCACAAAGUUUCUCCCUUUUAAGAUCAUUUGAACAAUUCGUUUUAAAUUUGGAGUUCACAGUUUUGUGCUAUGGCUUUUGGGAUAUUUAUAUUAAAAUUAAAUGGAUCAGUAGUAUGUUUGAUGUUGUCA